CUGAAAAGUACAACGAGAGGGAACCUACACUUCAACCCGAACAACAUGGCACAAAUGUUAAAACUGGGAAGAAACGUCCGAGACCUCCAUCUGGUGUUGAUAAGUCACCCAAGCCACGGAAGAAGUAUGCAAAGAGAUGAAGAAGCUAGUAAGAGCUCCAGUUUGGGAACAUUUCAUUCAAAGAGAUGAAGAAGCUAGUAAGAGCUACUGUAAGUAUUGUGGAGCCGAGAUUGCUUGUGAUUCAAAGACAGUGGGUACUAGCCCGAUGAUAGGUCAUAUCAAUAGAUGCAAACAAUACAAGGAUUGGGUAGAAAAAGAGAAGCAGAAGGUUCUAAGUAGUGAUAAUAAGGGGAACUUGAAGGUGAUUAACUAUGAUCUGCAUCUGUUUAGGAAAUCUGUUAAUGAGAUGGUAGUCGUCAAUGAGUUGCCUUUGUCAUUUGUAGAAUCUGAGGGUUGGAAGCGGUUUUGCUUCAAUAUCUUGCCGAUGUAUAAGCCAUUUUCUAGAAGGACUUGCAGUAAGGACAUUGUUCGGAUGUAUCUAGAAGAGAAGGGAGCGUUGAAGCACUAUUUUGCUGUAGAAAAACAAAGGGUUUCUCUUACUACAGAUAUAUGGACGUGUCCUACAACUUCCUACAGCUACAUGGUGAUCACAGAUCACUUGAUUAAUACUGAGUGGGAGUUGCUGAUGAGAAUCCUUAGCUUCAAACCAAUCACAGAUCAUAAAGGAGACACCAUAGCAGGGCAGUUGAUGGACUGCUUAGAUGAUUGGGGAAUUAAGAAGGUAUUUACGGUAACAGUUGAUAAUGCAAAGAACAAUGACAAGGCUUUGGAUUCUUUUAAGGAUGUGUUACGGAUGAGAGGAGAAGAAUCAUUAGUUGCAGAUGGUGAGUAUUUACAUAUGCGUGUUGUGCACAUAUCCUCAAUCUGAUUGUUGGAGAUGGUAUGAAGAAAGCAAAGCAUCAUGUUGUUGCUGUUAGGAACACAGUGAAGUAUGUCUGAUCAUCCUUCACUAGGCUUAAAUCUUUUGCAUUGAGGUGUGACACAGGAGAGUUGUGUAGAGGCAGUGUGCCACUAGAUGUUGUCACACGCUGGAACUCAACAUAUCUGAUGUUGAAUUCUAAUUUGAAGUUGAGGGUGGCUUUUGAAAAGAUGGAAGCUGAGGAUAAGUUGUAUUGCGAUUAAUUUGAAGAAGAGGAUGAGAAGAGAAAGAUGAAACGAGUUGGGCCACCCACUUAUUCUGACUGGGAGGAAAUAUCAAGGUUAGUGAAGUUCCUGAAGAUAUUUUACCGGUGUACUCUGACAUUCAGUGCUUCUAAGUCAGUUACUUCCUCUUUAUGUUACAAUGAAAUUGUUGAUAUUGAGAGGAAUUUGAUGAGUAAGUGUACCAGUCCUGAUGAGGAUAUCAGAAAGCAAGCACAUGUCAUGAGAGAUAAGUUUGAGAAGUAUUGGGAUGGACUAAACAACAUGAACCCUUUAGUGAUUGUGGCCAGUGUAUUCGAUCCUCGAAACAAGAUGAAGUUUGCUUCCCUUUGCUUUGAUCAGCUGUAUGGUAAGGAAACCAUAGAGAGUAGGCACCUCAAUGCCAAAGUUUCAAGUGUACUCUCGAAACUGUAUGAUCAUUACAGUUUCAAGCUGAGCAAACCAGAAGACAUCGAAGAUUUUACAGCUUCGCAAGUACGACCUGAAAACUUUGAGAUUUCUGAUGAUGAAGAUGAUUGUGAGGGGAUGCUAGCAAUAUUUCAUAAGGUGGUUGGAUUGAGUAGUAGUGAUGAUAGCUGCAAUGAGUUACAAAUGUAUCUAACCGAGAAACAUGAGCCAAGAGUAGAAAACAAGUUGGGGAUGUCUUUCGAUGUACUCAGUUGGUGGAGGCGUAAUAGCCGUAAGUUUUCAAUAUUGUCCGAGAUGGCUAGAGAUGUUCUAGUCAUUCAAGCCUCAUAUGUUGCUUCAGAGUCAGCUUUUAGUACGAGUGGGAGGGUGUUGGAUUCGUAUCGGAGUUCUUUAACUCUUUACAUGGUUGAGGUUUUGUUGUGCACCCAACAAUGGUUAAAGUGUUCCUAUAAAGUUGAAGCAGCAGUAGCGAACUUGGCCCAAAUGUUGGAAGAAGUUGAAUUUUUUGAAUCUCUUGAUUCUCGGAAUUCAAUGGUUGCAGUUCCAUGAUUCUUCAUAUCAUGGCAGGUAGGUAGGAAGCUGCACUUUUGUUCUUUGUGAUGCGGAAAGCAGCCUUAACAAUGGAUCGGAUAGUACAUACUAUGAAGCUGUGUUUUGUCCUUUUUGAUGCGGAAAGCAGCCUUAACAAUACUGACCUUAAAGCCGCCCUUUUGAGAACCUUUUGAUGCAGAUUAACAGCCUUUCGUUGAUGACUUGAUGUAAUGGUUUGUUAUUAAACUAGCUUAGCAGCUUCUGUAAUUGUGUGUAAUGGUCUGUACUGGUUUGUACUAGUAGCUUUAAGCUCACAACACAGCUUUAAGCUACCAUUACAGAAACUUAACAACUUAUGUAUGGUUGUACUUAGGAA